AUGGCACCCCUAAUGUGCACCAAGCACUUCCAGUACACGCUGUUUCCUUUGUCCUCUGUCCCGGCAGCGGGGCCGGGGCCGGGGCCGGGGCGGCUGUGCGGAUACCUGCAGAAGUUGUCGGGUAAGGGCCCGCUGCGCGGCUACCGCAGCCGCUGGUUCGUGUUCGACGCGCGCCGCUGCUACCUCUACUACUUCAAGAGCCCGCAGGACGCGCUGCCCCUCGGCCACCUGGACAUCGCGGACGCCUGCUUCAGCUACCAGGGCCCCGACGACGCGGCCGAGCCUGGCGCAGAGCCGCCCGCGCACUUCCAGGUGCACAGCGCGGGCGCCGUCACGGUACUCAAGGCUCCUAAUCGUCAGCUCAUGACCUACUGGCUGCAGGAGCUCCAACAGAAGCGGUGGGAGUACUGCAGUGGUCUGGACAUGGUCAGGUGGGACAGCAGGACCUCCCCGACCCCGGGGGAUUUCUCUAAGGGUCUCGUAGCCAGAGAUAACUCAGAUGUAAUUUGCCCGCAUCCAGAUGCUUCUGCAGAAAAAGCCAGAAAUGUCCUCGCUGUGGAAACCGUCCCUGGAGAGCUGGUGGGAGCACAAGCAGCUCAUCAGCCAGCCCCAGGGCACCCAAAUUCCAUUAAUUUCUCUUUCAAACAGUGGGGCACUGAGCUCAAAAAUUCAAUGUCGUCUUUCCGUCCUGGGAGAGGACAUGGCGACAGUCGGAAGAGUGUGUUUUAUACCAACGAGGACUGGGAGCUUUUAGACCCGAACCCCAAGGAGCUGGAGGAGUCGAUGGCACAAGAAGAGCGGAAGAAGCCAGCCCCUGAAGGAAGCAGAGGAGUCACUGGCUCAGGAUUUCCCUUUGAUUUGGGACGUAUUCCCUACAAAGGAAAGCGCCCAUUGAAAGACAUGAUCGGAUCCUACAGAAACCGCCACGUCAGUAGCGAGCCUUCAGCUGAGGGGGUGCAGAGUAGCAGCAGCAAGUCUGCAUCCGAGGUGCAGCUGCAGGUCCAGAGCCAGCAAGAGGAGCUGGAGCGGCUGAAGAAGGACCUGUCCAGCCAGAAGGAGUUGGUGCGGCUGUUGCAGCAGACGGUGCGGUCCUCCCAGUAUGACAAGUACUUCGCCAGCAGCCGGCUCUCGGAGGGCAUCCCCAAGGAUGCGCUGGAGCUGCUACACUGCAAGGAUGAGCAGAUCCUGGGCCUCAGUGGCCAGCUGGAGCGGCUGUCCCUGGAGAGAGAGAGUCUGCAGCAGGAAGCCAGGACGCUUAAGACCAAGGUGGGCGAGCUCAGUGAGCAGCUGGGGAUGCUGGUGGAGACCAUCCAGGCCAAGGACGAGGUCAUCAUGAAGCUGUCGCGUCGGCUCAGCGAGGGCGCGGAUGGCACAUCCUCCACCUCGGGGGUACCUGGCUCCCCCACCCCUGCCAGCAGGGAGCAGCUGGAGCUGGACAGGCUGAAAGAUAACCUACAGGGAUAUAAAACCCAGAAUAAGUUUCUAAAUAAGGAAAUCUUGGAGCUCUCGGCACUGCGGAGAAACGCAGAAAGGAGGGAGCGGGAUCUGAUGGCCAAGUAUUCCAGCCUGGAAGCAAAGCUCUGCCAGAUAGAAAGCAAGUACUUGAUCCUGCUCCAGGAGAUGAAGACGCCAGUUUGCUCAGAAGAACAGGGGCCUUCUCGCGACGUCAUAGCCCAGCUGCUGGAGGACGCUUUGCAAGUCGAGGGCUCGGAGCAGCCGGAGCAAGCAUUUGUGAAGCCACAUCUCGUCAGCGAGUAUGACAUCUAUGGGUUUAGGACUGUCCCAGAGGAUGAUGAGGAGGAGAAGCUGGUGGCCAAGGUCCGUGCACUAGACCUGAAGACCCUGCACCUCACAGAGACCCAGGAGGUGUCCACCGGCGUCAAGUGGGAGAACUACUUUGCGAGCAUAAUGAACCGUGAGAUGGCAUGCUCCCCGGAGCUGAAGAGCCUGAUCCGUGCAGGCAUCCCGCAUGAGCACCGCUCCACGGUGUGGAAGUGGUGCGUGGACCUGCAUACCCGCAAGUUCAAGGACAACACAGAGCCUGGGUACUUCCAGACACUGCUGCAGAAGGCACUGGAGAAGCAGAACCCAGCCUCCAAGCAGAUCGAGCUGGACCUGCUACGGACCCUGCCCACCAACAAGCAUUACUCUUGCCCCACCUCGGAAGGCAUACAGAAGCUACGCAACGUCCUGCUAGCCUUCUCCUGGAGGAACCCAGAUAUUGGCUAUUGUCAGGGUCUGAACAGGUUGGUGGCUGUGGCCCUGCUGUAUCUGGAGCAAGAAGAUGCUUUCUGGUGUCUCGUUACCAUUGUGGAAGUGUUCAUGCCUCGAGACUAUUACACAAAGACACUGCUGGGGUCCCAGGUGGACCAGCGGGUGUUCAGAGACCUCAUGAGCGAGAAGCUGCCUCGACUGCAUGCACACCUGGACCAGUACAACGUGGAUUACACCCUCAUCACGUUCAACUGGUUUCUGGUGGUGUUUGUGGACAGUGUCGUCAGUGAUAUCCUCUUUAAGAUAUGGGACUCUUUCCUCUACGAGGGACCGAAGGUCAUUUUCAGGUUUGCCCUGGCACUUUUCAAAUACAAGGAAGAGGAGAUCCUGAAAUUGCAGGACUCGAUGGCCAUAUUCAAGUAUCUCCGUUACUUCACUCGAACAAUCCUUGAUGCCAGGAAGCUGAUCAGCAUCUCAUUUGGGGACCUAAACCCAUUCCCCCUGCGCCAGAUCCGGAACCGGCGUGCCUACCACCUGGAGAAGGUCCGGCUGGAGCUGACGGAGCUGGAGGCCAUCCGAGAGGACUUCCUGCGUGAACGGGACAGCAGCCCUGACAAGGGGGAGCUGGUCAGUGAUGAAGAAGAGGACACCUGAGUGCUCCACCCAUGACGCUGCUCUUCUUGCCUUUACAACCAAAGUGUGCCAAAAGGAUGACCCACAGAGGCGUCUCUGCUCCUUUGAAAGCCCGAAUGUAAUGCCCAUGGUUUCUGGAAAUCUGCUGGGCAGAUGUCCAAAGCCACCCUGCACUUUCUCCUUCCCACUCGGAGCACGGUCUGCUGUCGAUGGCCAUCUCCAUGCCGUCACACGGUGCACACAUCUCUGGCUCUUUGAGACUCUGUGGACACCGUCCUGCCAGGCAGGCCCACCCCUGGGGAGGCCUUGGUUGAGGGAAGGAGGAAGCUUUUCUGGGAACUCAGGGCAGUGGUAUAGCUGCUGGGUGUCACUGUUGGCUUUCUGGAGAACAGCUGGUGCCCUGGGGGUCCUCCACCUGCUGGAUGGCCGGGAGGCUGGCUGCCAGGGCCUUCGCUUGGGCAUAGCUUUGUGCCUUGCCCCUGCGCUCUGGCAGCUGGCCUCCCGCCAUCCCCAGGGUCAGCGUGGUGCUCGCUGUGGGGUCACUGCUGCCUCCUGCAGGUCAGGCUGCCCACGCACUUCUACAGCCAGAGCAGUUUUUGAAGCAAUGCAGAGGCUUUGCCCCAGGAAGGUUAUUUUUGGGUCAGUCUCUCUGCAGACCAUCCCUGAUAUGUGUGUGGACAUGAGAGUGUUUCCUGGCUCAGUGUUAUUCAAAUAGGAAAGAAAUCAUUUAAAGUAGAAUUUUUUUUUACACUACCUGGAGAAAUUGGAAGUAAUCCCUAAAUGUACUAGAUGCAGCCUAAGUGUUGAGCGGAAUUUGAGGAAGUGUGUUUUCCUAAGUACGGACGUUCUCCUGUUACGGCCUGUUCAGCGGUAUCCUGACCAGGCUGGCAUCUCCGCACUCCCUUCUUGGCUUCUGGUGGCAGACACGCAGCGCCGUUCUCACUGCCCUCCGUAGACCCCACUGGAGACCCCUGCCUGCCCAGCUCCCGCACUGCCGAGUGAGAGGACUACAGUGAGGAUGCCCAGCAGGAUCAGACUCUAGUUUAUUUCUGAUUUCCCCUGGAACUGACACAUCCAGUUGUGGGGGCGGGGAGGGGAAUGCUGCCUUUAGGAAUGUCUGUGUCGCCCCCAAAAAGACCUAUCUUAAAAGCAUCUGGAUUGGGCAUGGUGCCUGCUGUGUGGCCAGAGCCAUGGUUUCCCGGGUGGCCAGCAGCACCGUGCAGGGGUCUCCAGGCAGUUGUUGAGGCCAGGCCGUGGUGUGAGAGCAGUGCGGUCGUUGGGGGAAUGGACUGGGGCCACCUUCCUGGAGGCUGUGCACCCUCUGGGUGUCUCGAAGGCUGGAAGGGUGCGUGGUUGGGCCCAGACGCGGGACAGGAUGCAGAACCGCAGGGCGUGGGUACCCCCCUCUGCUGUCUCCAUGGAGACUUCUUGCCUAGAUGCCCAUACCACAGCCAAGGGCAGCUGUCACCUUGCACAGGGAUGGGUUUUUGUGUUUUAUGGGCUGAACAUUUCUUAAUACUUUUGUAUAUUUUUCACUACAGUUUAUAUUUUUAUAGACUAUUUUUAUCAAGGUUUUUCUAGGUUACAUACAUCUAUUUUAUACAACGAGCUCUCCCCUUGUGUUAUGACUGUGUGUGUGUGUGUGUGUGUGUGUGUGUGUGUCAGGCCAAGCAGCCUGAGUUGCUCUUCAUUCCGCCCCGGCUUCAGUCCUGGGCUUGGUCAGUAGGGCCUUCUGUGCUGCCCAUGGUCCUGCUAAUGACAGCUGUCCCGUGGCAGCCAGGGCACCAGGGCUGGACCGGGGGUGCUCUCCUACCACGUCGUAUCCAAUAGGAAGUGUUCUAAGCAAAGAGCCAGUCCAUUUUUUUUUUUUUUAACCUAAAUGUUUGUAUUCUUGCACAACCCCCCCCCCCCCACACACACACACUGUUGUCUUCCUGCACGUUGCCCAGGGCAGCCCCUGCAGGUGGGAGGCGGGUGCCCCCAGAGGGCCUGCAUGGGGGGGUGGUGGCAGCUGACUUCCCCUUAGGUCAUGCAGCUUUUAUACUCUGAGUUGUAUUUUGGAACAGUCAUACUAAAAAGCCAAAUAAACUACUAAUUUGUA